CCCUCAAAAUAUUUAAAAAAAGAAAAAUGGAAAGACCAAGAAAAAAUGGCGUCGGUCAUCGCCAUGGCUGAAGAGCAAGGAGCAGGAGAUCCUCUGCUACAACACUCGUACACAGACUCCUCCAAUCACCACAACGAGGAAGAUAUCGUGCCCUUUUUAUCAUCCAACGGUCCAGAUGCAUCGAGGACGACGCCCAAUCAACGUCUUGUCUCUCUCGACGUUUUCCGUGGCCUCACAGUCGCUUUGAUGAUUUUAGUGGAUGAUGCGGGUGGAGCUUUUCCGUCCAUAAAUCACUCUCCAUGGUUCGGUGUAACACUUGCAGAUUUUGUAAUGCCGUUUUUUCUUUUCGGUGUUGGUGUUUCUAUCUCUUUAGUAUUUAAGAAAAUUUCAAGCAAAGCAAGUGCUAUGAAAAAGGUUAUGCUGAGAUCAAUGAAGCUGUUUCUUUUCGGUUUGUUACUUCAAGGUGGGUAUUUCCAUGGGCGGCACAAUUUGACAUAUGGAGUUGACGUGCACAGGAUUCGCUGGCUAGGUGUCUUACAGAGGAUAUCAAUUGGAUAUCUCUUGGCUUCAGUCUCGGAGAUCUGGUUGGUUAGUAAAAACGUAGUGGACUCACCAAGGGCUUUUGCGAGGAAAUACUACAUACAGUGGUUGUUUGCUAUCGUCCUUUGCUCAAUUUACAUGCUCCUGUCAUAUGGUCUUUAUGUUCCAAAUUGGAGAUUGGCUGCUUCAAGUGCAAAUAUGUCCGCUUAUCCUUCUUAUACUCAAACUGUUCAUUGUGAAGUGAGGGGAAGUCUUCAACCUCCUUGCAAUGCUGUUGGCUUACUUGAUCGAACUAUUCUUGGAGAACAUCAUCUUUAUCAGCGUCCUGUCUACAGAAGAACCAAGGAAUGCAGUGUUAAUUCUCCUGACUAUGGACCCCUGCCAACAAACUCGCCUGUGUGGUGUCUUGCCCCAUUCGACCCUGAGGGAAUCUUGAGUUCAUUGAUGGCUGCCAUUACAUGUUUCCUGGGAUUGCAUUACGGGCACAUACUUGUGCAUUGUAAGGGCCAAAUGGAGAGGCUACUUUUGUGGUCCAUAUUUUCAAUCUCUCUUCUAACAGUAGGAUAUAUUUUGGAGAUCCUAGGUAUUCCUUUAUCUAAGCCACUGUACACUUUGAGCUAUACAUGCAUCACAAGUGGAGCAUCAGGCUUGUGUUUAACCACUAUCUUUUACAUAGUUGAUGUCAAACAUUUUAGAAAGCCCAUGAUGUUGCUUCAAUGGAUGGGGAUGAAUGCUCUUAUUGUAUAUGCUUUGGCUGCCUGUGACCUAUUCCCAGCAGCUCUGCAAGGUUUUUAUUGGGAAUCUCCUGAAAACAACUUGGUGGAUGGCACGCAGACUUUAUUGCAGACCAUGCUUCACUCCAGGAAGUGGGGAACUCUAGCGUUUGUUACGCUUGAGAUUUUAUUUUGGGGACUUUUUGCUGGGUUCCUUCACACGAAAGGCAUAUAUAUGAAAUUGUAAAACAUAUUUACAUGUAUACCCCCUGUGAAUGGCAGUCUAACGUGCAGAUCAGCUUUUUAUUUCUUCAAGCACUGUCCUAUAUGUAACAGUAAAAAAUAUCUCUUCAAGACAGUCUAACGUGCAGAUCAGCUUUGCUUGAUUAGAACUUUGUAUUUUAUGCUUUUUGUCGUUUUGAAAAUUUUCUAUUGGUAUACAGAAGUAAUUUCCUGUA